AUGUGGCCAUGUGGCCGGCUCUUGCCGUUCACCGCCCAUGCUGGCUGCUCUGGUAUGUGCUCGAUGGGCUGCCCUACACGCGACUUGUGGGGAAGCCGCAAGCUUCACAAGCUUGAGCCAAGGGCGGUGAUGACGGCAAUGAUUGGUGGGGUGCUGAUCGGAUCGGCGAGAAAGGGCGGUGGGCGGGUUGCCGCGGUCUGCUCCGCGUCCCCGCAACGCGACGCAAGCGCGCCGAAACAAGCGCCCCAGUCAUCAGUGCCACCAGCAAUCUACUAUCUCUACUGCCUCAGCUUCCUCGGCUUCACUAUGGGUUUGCCUCUGGGCCCUGCUCUGGCGAAGCAAGGUGUGGAUGUCGGUACCUUCACGUCGUGCUUCUUUCUGGGACAGCUCGUGGGAAACGCGGCUUUGCCGAUCUACAGUUCCCGAGUUGGGAUCGUCCAAGUGUUGCUGGGAAGCUUGGCGAUCUCCGCGGCCGCAUGGUUUUACCUAGGAUAUGCACUUCAACACAGCAUGCGGCUCCGCUGGAUUUUGCUCGCCCGCAGCAUUGCCGGCUUCGGUUGUGGCAUUGUUCCAGUUCUGAGAUCUUUCUUGGCCAGAACCCUCCCUGACAAAGAUCGGCUUUCCACGAGUUUGGCAUACGGAGAAGCUGCUGCGCAAGUUGCCUUCACGCUUGGGCCCUUACUAGGGGGUGUGGUUGCCGACUGGUUUGGCCUGAACGCUCCCUUCUACUUCAUGGCCUUGCUGUGCGCGGGAGGCGCUGUGGCAAGCCUUUGGGCCUUCCGUGAGCAACGGCUUCCAGCAAGACAGCAGAAGCAAAGAGAGGAACACCGAGCCCCAGACGCAAGCCAGCGUGCUAUUUGCUGGAAAGCAUGGCGGACCAUGGGAGUCUCGUUGGUACUCUCCUCGGUCAGGUUCUUGCUGAACCUUUUCAUACCGUUCAUGCUGCUUCGGCAGUUUGCCUUCUCUGCCUCGAUGCUGGGUGGAGCCCUGUCGCUGCUUUCGACGUUCAUCUUCUUGUGCCAAGUGGUGCUGGUGCAGCCCCUGCAGAAAGCCUGCGGAGCCGACCUGACCUGCGCGAUAGGCAUCCUGUCGAAGGCCACUGCUCUCGCCGUGCUGGGUGCGAAUCCUGCCUUGAUAGCUCCGGCGUUGGUUCUCUACGCCUUUGGCCUCGCCUUGGCCUUUGCAUCACUGCCGGGCGUGGUGGUAGUUGCAGCCCCUGAGGCUCGCUGCGGCCGGUUUCUGGUGCUCGAGGCAUCCAUCUCGAGCUUUGCGAGGAUCACCUCCCCCUUGGCCAUCGGCAUGUUGCACUCGCCCGGAGCCUUUAAUGUACUGACCGUGCUCCUGGUUUCCAGUUCCGCCCUUCUCUUGUAA